AUGUGCGCAGUCCUUUCUCCUCUCCAUUUCCUAAAGCCACACCGCCACUUGAGAAGAUACUGCCACACCCCUGUCCUCUGCCCCACUCUGCCUCAAAUGGAUCACGGCGGAGGAGGCCGUGGGAUGGCAGGGUACGAGGCGGCUGCGGCGGCGGCUUCCACCAACCAGAAGACCGAAAGCUUCGGAGGCUGUUCCAGCUCCAACAGCGUGAAGAAAAUUUACCCCAUUGACAGUCCAAUUAAGAAAAGAAAGUCACAGUAUGACCUCAGUGACACAAGGCUGUCAUCGCUGAAAUACAAGUUUCAGGACCGACCAACUUCACAGGAGGAUGAGACUGCAAGAACAGAAAGCUUAGGAGGUGAUGACAUUUUCAUCAACAAGAACUGUAAUGUGGACAUGGUCAAUGUUUACAAGGGAUUGGACUCGUGUGAGAAUACUCAAAGCCUUUUAGGUGGUUGCAUCGAAGUCGACUCCAUAAACGGAAUUGAGAGCCGGUCUGUGAGAAAAUGGGCAUCUGCAUCCAGCAGCUCAAGCAACAGCAUUUCAUUGGACACUUACAGUUCUUUUCAUAGCUAUGGCACCAAAGAGACUGACAGCUGGGUGAGGCCACACCUGGAGCAUGAUGGCUCAGGUUUGCUGCUGCAAGCAUACGAUGAUGACAUUUUGAAAAUCUGCUAUGUGAUGAAUGAGCUAGCAGGUGGUGGUGUCGAUGGUUCUGCUGAUCGUAUCAUGGAUGAGACGCUUUACUCGAAUGGCAUCGAUGAUUUCAUGAUUUUGCCAGCAGGCAAGAAUGGUAAAGCACUCGCGCAUGGACUUCUGCUUGCAUCUGUUUGCUGCCUAUAUAUGUGGAUACUAACACUGUGCAUGUGGCAAUCAAAAUCAGGGGAGAAGAAGAAGCAGCUAACCAUCGAUCAAGAAUUCGAGCAGUACUUCUCAAAACUCAUGCUUUAG